AUGAAAAAGGGAGAAUCAGGGGACCUUUAUGGGGACCGAGAUAUGAGAAAGCCAGUGGCAGGUAGUGGAAAAGAAGGCAAGGUGAAAGUGGAGGAGGCAGAAGAAAAGAAAAGACUGCUUAUAGUGGAUGAUCCCCAAGACUGGCUGCCGGGGGCCAUGAUUCGGGUGCAGUGGGAGGACAAAAGAAGAGAAGAAGCAGGGGAAAGACCAAGGGUGCCGCGCCUGGGGAAAGAUGGCGCUGGCCGAGAGAGGAGUGGGCGUAGACCAGCAUUGCGGAAGGAGGAGACUGAAGACUCAGCCCAAGCGGGAGGGGGAAAAGAAAUUCCCCUAACGGACUGGAAACUGAUAGCGACGGAAUGUGCCCUGAGUGGCCUCAAGUUUUGUGCGCCAAUAGGGGCCUUCCCAGUACGAGUUGCCCCCGGGGGGGGGGGGGGGGGGCCAGUGGAAUGGGUGCCCCUCGACCCAAAGACGGUACAACAGCUAUUGAAAGCAGUGCAAGAACAGGGCCUGCGACACCCAGUGACACAGACGUUGCUGGAUGCUGCGCACGCGGGAGGCCUAGUGCUGUGGGAUUGUCGCACCCUCGCGCGACUGGUCUUAUUGCCCACGAUGGUCCUUAUGUGGAAAGAGGCGUGGACCUCGCGUCUGCAGCAAGCGUUGAUGGCCGCGCAGGCAGACCCGCAGAACCCACUGGGCCAAUCCACCCUACCGCGGUUAAGAGGAAAUGAUGCGGCCAUGGCUACGCCCCAGCAGCAGGCAGCGGGCCUGAGACCUCAGGAGAUACUGGCGGCAACAGAAGCAUCUCGAAAGGCCUUUGAUGACAUUGGGCCACUGGUGCAACAGGCAGACCCAUGGACGACUGUGAAGCAGGGAGUGGGAGAGCCGUUUGACAAGUUUUGUGACAGACUACAGGCAGCAGUAGAACUUGCAUCUUUACCAGACGCUGCAAAAGGAGCGGUGAUGUUGGAAUGUAUCAAACAGCAGGGCAACGAGUUGACAAAAGAAAUCCUAAGAACAGCGCCUAAGGGAGCAAGUCUAGGGCAGACGAUCAAGUACGUAUUAGAACACCGGGACAAGACCACAGCCCUACAGAUUGCUGCAGCAGUUAUGGCAAUGCCGGAGGUUAGAGCUAGAGGAGGUCCAAAAGGAGGCCUAUGCUUCGGCUGCGGGCAAAUGGGCCAUUUGAGAGCACAGUGCAUGAAUAAGGGAAGUUACGCGUGCCCAACAGGGGGUAUGGGGAGCCUUACAUGCUGGGCCUGUGGAAAACCAGGACACCGAGCAAAGACAGCAGACAGGAGAAGAAGAACAGAUGAGAAAAGGCGCGUGAAACCACAAGAAGAACGCGUAACCAGAAAACCCGAGAAGAUGGCAGGGGGAGCAACCCAAGUAGCUCUCCUCGUAGCGAUACUGGGACUGGGACUCCAAGGGGUGAAAGGCGAACCAAUGUUAGCGAAAUGGGGUAGUAACAAUCUGUGGCUCACCUGGGCAAACCGGACAGGAAAUAAGCAAUUUUGCCUGACGCUGGCGGGUGCGGGGCAGCCUUUUAAGACAUGCUUAAUAGGGGUCCCAUUGAAUUUGACCGUAGACCUACCAAAGCUGAGAGAGCAUUGCACAAACACAAGCAAUAUUAGUAACUGCUUGAACAUGCUGAAUGCAUCAUUGCCCUGGGACCCGCAAGAGCUUGACCUUCUGGGUUCGGUAGCACCAAUUAACUACACUGCUGUGGCAUGCGUGCACUUUGGGAAUAAUCAACAAGGGAUAAAUGUCUAUAGAAACCUUAACUGGACCGGGUGGACCAAUGUGUCCUCAAGCACACUGGGGUUUGAUUAUACCGCAAAAUCAUACUGUAACGGCUCUUUGGGGGCGGAAACAAAAGGAGGAGGGCUGACCCAUUGGGUAAAUGAGAUGGCUAGGGCCCUCCCUGAUGGAAUGUUCCUGAUAUGUGGGGACCGGGCGUGGCCCGGGAUCCCAAGAUGUGCUGUAGGGGGGCCUUGUUACUUAGGCAGCUUAACUAUCUUUGCGCCCAAUCUAACGGCUGUGAUAACCAUGGCAAAUCAAACGAGUCGAAGGUGCCGCAGUCUGAUGAGCUUGGGUCCUGAGUGUGAUGAUAAGGUUGAGAUCUGGGGAGUGGUGUCUCGAAUCGGAGCAUCAAUCAUCCCGCAGAUUGGUACAGCGCACGCCUUGGCAUCCUUGGGAAAGCUAGCUUGUUGGGCAGUGAAGCAGAGCAACGUAACAACCAAAGUACUGUAUGAAAUGGCACAAGAUAUGGAUAGCUUACGACAUGCUAUCCUGCAGAAUAGAGCAGCUAUAGACUUUCUGCUGUUAGCCCAGGGUCAUGGGUGUAAAGAUGUGGAAGGCAUGUGCUGCUUUAAUCUGACGGAGCACAGCCGGUCAAUACACAGUGAGUUAGAAUGGCUAAAGGAGCACACGCAAAAAAUUACCGUAAUGACUAACCUGCUAGAUAGUUGGUUUGGUAAUUGGCUUGGGCUAGGACCAUGGGCCAGGUAG